AUAUAAGAAGAAUAGCAAGCCGGGGUUACUGUGGAGAGAGAGAGAUUAACCAAAUCCAAAUAUAUAUAAAUGGGAGGGAAUGGAGAGAGAAGAAUUGAAGCAGAAGCUCAAGAAGAAAUGGAAAAUGAUAAUGGAGGAACAGAGUCACAGAUGGGAGAAGAAGAAGUGCAGAAUCAUAUGAGAGAGAAAAAGGUGUCAUGGGAAAAACUACGUCGUGUGGACUCACUCAACUUGGAAGCUGGUCGAGUCACUUUUUCUCGAAUCCACAGCCCCAAUAAUCAUGUAGAUUGGAGGGUAACAUUGACUUUGGCAUUUCAAAGUGUGGGGGUAAUAUAUGGAGACAUAGGGACUUCUCCUCUUUAUGUGUUUUCAAACACUUUCACAGAGGGAAUCCAACACAAUGAAGACAUUUUGGGAGUGUUGUCUCUUAUCAUCUACACCAUUAUCUUCAUUCCCAUGCUUAAGUAUGUUUUCAUUGUCUUGUGGGCCAACGACAAUGGUGAUGGGGGAACAUUUGCACUAUAUUCAUUGAUAUGUAGAUAUGCAAAGGUGAGCUUAAUACCAAAUCAACAGCCAGAGGAUAGAGAACUAUCCAACUACAAAUUGGAAAUACCCACCAACCAGUUCAAAAGAGCUCAAAAGAUUAAAGAGAAGUUGGAGAAUAGCAAAACUGCCCAAUUGGUUCUCUUCCUUAUCACCAUCUUGGGAACUUCCAUGGUCAUUGGAGAUGGGGUUCUAACUCCAUGCAUCUCAGUCCUUUCUGCAGUGAGUGGGAUCUCGGCCUUACAUCAAGAUGCUGCAGUGGGCAUUUCAAUUGCGAUCUUGAUUGUUCUAUUUUGUGUUCAAAGAUUUGGGACUGAUAAAGUGGGAUAUUCAUUUGCACCAAUCAUUAUGUUGUGGUUCUUGUUCAUAAGUGGGAUAGGACUCUAUAACUUGUUCACGUAUGAUGUUAGAGUCUUAAAGGCUUUCAAUCCAAAAUACAUAGUUGAUUACUUUAAAAGAAAUGGCAAGAAAGGAUGGGUAUCUCUUGGUGGAGUUGUUCUCUGCAUUACAGGGACGGAAGCCAUGUUUGCCGAUCUAGGGCACUUCAAUGUUCGAGCAAUCCAGAUUAGCUGCUCUGGAAUUGUGUUUCCUGCAUUACUAGCUGCCUAUAGUGGACAAGCUGCAUACCUUGUCAAAUUCCCACACGAUGUACUCAAUACUUUCUAUGCCUCGAUUCCACAUCCAAUAUACUGGCCAACCUUUGUUAUCGCUGUAGCUGCUGCCAUUAUCGCUAGCCAAGCCAUGAUAUCCGGAGCAUUUGCAAUUAUUUCCCAAUCUUUAACUCUAGGCUGUUUCCCGAGGGUUAAAGUUGUCCACACAUCGGCUAAAUAUGAGGGUCAGGUUUACAUACCACAGAUUAACUACUUACUAAUGAUUGCUUGUGUUAUUGUAACCGCUGCCUUCAAGACCACAACAAAGAUUGGCAAUGCAUAUGGAAUCGCCGUGGUUGCUGUAAUGAUUAUCACAACUUGUAUGCUUACUCUGAUCAUGCUUGUUAUAUGGAAGAUAAGCAUAUGGUGGAUAAUUCUAUUCUUGCUGGUUUUUGGUUCGAUAGAGUGCUUAUAUCUGUCGUCUGUCUUGUUCAAAUUCAUUCAAGGCGGUUACCUCCCGUUGGCUUUUUCAGUUGUUCUAAUGCUGAUAAUGGGGAUGUGGCAUUAUGUAUACAAAAAGCGAUACAUGUUUGAGCUCAACAACAAGGUUUCGAGUGAUUUCAUAAGAGACUUAGCCCUAAAUCCGAAUAUUAAUCGGGUACCUGGGAUUGGACUUUUAUAUUCCGAACUUGUGCAGGGCAUUCCUCCAAUAUUCCGCCAUUUCAUUGACAAUAUACCAUCCAUCCAUUCAGUCUUGGUAUUUGUGUCAAUCAAGUCCAUUCCUAUUAGCAAAGUGGUGAUGGAGGAGAGGUUUUUAUUCCGGCUAGUAGAACCAAGAGACUACCGCAUGUUUCGCUGUGUGGUGAGAUAUGGAUAUAAUGACACGAUUGAAGGACCGGAGGUGUUUGAAAGGCAGCUAUUGGAUCAAUUGAAGGACUUCAUUCGACAUGAACACUUCAUUCGCGAAGGACAACCACCCUUUGAACAAGAAGUCGAGCCGGUGAACAUCCAAUAUUCUAGUCUCUUAGUUAACAAGGAUGCAAAAGUGGAAGAAGAAUCACAACAACAACAACACAACUACCCAACAAGUCGUGUUUCAUCAUUGGGAUCUAGAUCGAUCCAGUCAUUCAAUGUUGCUAAUUCUUCCAACAGAAUCAUCUCCGGACCCAUCCAAGCUGCUGAAGAGGAGAUGCAAUUCGUGCAGAAAGCGAUGGAGAAUGGUGUUGUUUAUCUGUUGGGGGAAGCAGAAGUCCGAGCUGAACAAAACUCAUCCCUCUUCAAGAAAAUUGCUGUCAACUACAUCUAUAGUUUCGUCAGGAAAAACUUUAGCCAAGGGGAGAAAGUACUGGGAAUCCCUCGACGUCGACUCCUCAGGGUUGGAAUGACAUAUGAGAUAUGACACAUUUGAAUUUGUUGAAAAAUGUAAUCCACAACUUGCUAUGAAGUAUAAUUAAGUUGAGUGACAUAUUCAUCUGACAGAAAAUUGUAUAAAAUUAUGUUAUGAAUUUUCACAAGAAUAUGUAAUAUCAUUUACAAGUAUGAGAUACUUUAACUAGAACAUGUUCUAUGUAGUCCUAUAUAAAGUACAAUACAUGGUGAUUAUUGUAGGUGAAA